GUCCACCUGCAGGGUCAGACCUGAAGGGGUUAACCCUCAGAGGAAUGUUUGGAGGCAGGAGCUGAGGAACGGUUUCUCAAUCUAAUCCUGGUUUCUGCUCCUUCACUCCUUCACUCCUUCACUCCUCUCCAUCAGGUCGACUCCACCACCACCAUCAUCAUCUCUCCAUCCUUCUGUCACCACGGAGACACCGGAGACUCCCAGGUGUCCCAGCAUGCAGCGGGGGAUCACCAUGCCGUCCUUGUUCAGCGGCGUCAGCCCUCCCAGUCUGCCCAGUUUACCGCGAGGCUUCACCAUGCCCAGUCUGCCCAGCAUGCCCGGUCUACCCAGCAUGCCCAGUCUACCCAGAGGCCUCACUGCUCCCAGUUUACCCAGCCUGCCCCGAGGCCUGACCGUGCCCAGUCUUCCCAGCAUGCCCAGUCUGCCCAGAGGCAUGUCUCUGCCCAGGUCUGUGGCCAUGUCGUCCGUGUCCCAGGCUCCUCGGAGGCUGCUGCAGGACUGCUGCUCCGUGCUGGACCACCAGACUCCAGGAGGACUGUGUGGAUGCUGCUGGGCGCUGCGGCCUCGCUACAAACGCCUGGUUGAUAACAUUUUCCCAGAAGACCCGGAGGAGGGUCUGGUGAAGGCCAACAUGGAGAAGCUGACGUUCUUCGCUCUGUCUGCCCCGGAGAAACUGGACCGUAUCGCCGCAUACUUGUCGGAGCGUCUGACCCGAGAGCUGAACCGACACCGCUACGGGUACGUGUGUAUCGCGAUGGAGGCGAUGGAGCAGCUGCUGCUGGCCUGUCACUGUCAGAGCAUCAACCUGCUGGUGGAGAGUUUCCUCAGCACGCUGCGUCUGCUGCUCGAGCACGACAAACCUCACCUGCACAUGCUCGCCACCAGCUCUUUUGUGAAGUUUGCAAACAUCGAGGAGGACACGCCGUCGUACCAUCGCAGCUACGACUUCUUCGUGUCUCGCUUCAGUGAGAUGUGUCACUCCGAACACGAAGAGCCUGAGAUGAGGAACAGGAUCCGGGUGUCGGGGAUCCGGGGUCUGCAGGGCGUGGUCAGGAAGACGGUGGACGACGAGCUGCAGGCGAACAUCUGGGAGCCGCGUCACAUGGAGCAGAUCGUCCCCGCUCUGCUGGUCAACCUGGAGCAGCACACACAGGCCGACAGUGAGUCUCCUGCAGAGCAGACUGAGGUGUGUUUCAGGGAGCUGCUGGGACGAGCUGCAUAUGGACACAUCAACAACGCCAUCAGACCCGUGCUCAUGCACCUGGACAGUCACAGUCUCUGGGAAGGACGAAGUUUUGCUGUCCAGUGUUUUCAGAUCAUCAUGUUCUCCAUCCAGUCUCAGCACUCUCACCUGGUCAUCCAGCAGCUGUUGGGUCACCUGGACGCUAACAGCAGGAGUCCGGCGUCGGUGCGAGCCGGGAUCGUAGAGGUUCUGUCUGAAGCUGCCGUCAUCGAGGCGACGGGCUCCGUGGGUCCCACCGUCCUGGAGGUCUUCAACACGCUGCUGAGACAGCUGAGGCAGAGCGUGGACUACGAGCUGACCGGUUACUACGACAACGCCGGACAGAACAAAACCAGCUCGGCCGAGGAGAAGACGCUGCAGGACGCCGUCAUCAAAACCAUCGGAUCCUUCGCCAACACGCUGCCAGUCUACCAGAGGUCAGAGGUCAUGCUGUUCAUCAUGGGCAAGAUCCCGGUCCCUGGAAUCUACCCCGCUCUAGGGUCGCCCAACGCCGGGUUUGAGGGCAGCAGGAUGAUCCAGGUGAUGUUGUUGAAGUCGCUCCUUCAGGUGUCGGAGCGCUAUGAGAGCAGUAACCUGCUGACGGCUCUGCCCUCGUCCUUCCUGGAGCCUCUGCUGUCGUUCACUCUGAUGGAGGAUCCAGAGAUCCGCCUCCUCGUCCUCUCCAUCCUCACUUCGCUCAUCGACAGACGCCACAACGCCGCCAGACUCUCCGCCGCCAGUGUGACGUUUGACGUGUCCGUGUUGGAGCUGAAGGAGGACAGGUGCUCUCGGCAGGACGUGUUGUUCAUCAGGAAGCACGCUCAGCGUCUCUACAGGCACGUCUUCCUCACCUGUAAGGAGGAGAGCAGUGGGCGGGGCCACUACCAGGCCCUCAUCAUCCUAUUGGCCGUGCUGAGCUUGGAGCUGUCCAAUGAGGAGGUGUUGGUGGACCUGAUCCGCCUGGUGCUCACCCUGCAGGAGCUGGCUUUGUCCAAUCAGGAGUGUCUGUCUGUGUUUAACCGCUGUGGAGUUCACGCCCUCUGCGCCGUCUUCCUCCAGCUGCUGUCUCAGCUCGGCCCUCCUCCGCCGCUGCACCAACAUGUCACACAGGUGAUAGAGAGCCGUCAGAAGAACACUCCUCACCUGCUUCCUGAAGACGUGUUCUCUGAGAACCCCAGGCUUCCUGAAGGUGAGCUGCAGGUUGGUGAAGAGUUCCUGUUCGUUCAAUCAAAGAUCCGUGAGGCUCUGACAGGAAGCAGCUACAGCGCUCAUGAUGAACGUUUCAACACACCGUACACACCUGAGCUGACAGAUGAGGAUCGUCUCUCUAAGAGGAAGAGUAUUGGAGACGUCAUCUCUCUGCAGAUGGACAUGAACCCUCAGAACAGCUCAGAGACACAGCAGAAGCCUCAGACGGAGCAGAUCACCUUUGAGACUCUGAAGAACACGAUCGAGGACCGAGGGAGUGUGGAGGAGGAGGAGAGGAGGAGGCUUCAGGUGAUGGAGAAGUUUCAGACGGCUCCGUUUGAGGAGCUUGCUGCUCACUGUGGAGCUAGGACGUCUCUGCUUCAGUCCAAACUCAACGAGGUCUUCGAUCUCAUCAUCCGUCCUCCCCCGUCUCCGUCCGGUCACUCCCCGCCGCGCUCCACGCCGCUCUACGAGAUGAAGUUCCCCGACCUCUGCGUGUACUAACGCUCUGACCUGAGGUCAUGUGACGUAACCAGGUAGGAGAGGAGAUAAGGAGGGAGGAGAGGAGACAAGGAGAUAGGAAAGAAAGAAAGGACUCUCAGAUGAUUUUAAAUGUUAGUUUUCUGUGUUUGAUGAUGUCAUUUAGAAACGACCUGCUGUUCACUUCCUGUCCGCCUCUCUGUGCGUCCUUCAGAUUAAAAGCUAUAUUAAUAAAUGAUUACACUUUGA